UUGACAUUACUCAAGUCGGGAUCGCCUGCUGUUGCGGCCGCUUCAGCUACCCUCACACCGUAAGGCUACGGUAGCAUCACUGUGACACCCCGGAAGCGUACGCAAAGAUGAAACUCGCCGUCGCUCUCCUGCUCGCCCCCGCCGCGGCCUACGUGCCGCUGCGCGCUUCCAUGCAGCGCGCCUCGACGCUGGUGCGCGCCGACGAGGAGCCGGAAGCCAUGGACUUGGACCUCGGUGAAAUGUUCGAGCUCUUCGACGAGGCCGACCCGGAAGGCGUCGCCGAGCGCGAGGCCGCCAAAAAGGCCGAAGAGGAGGCCGCCGCGAAGGAGGCCGCCAAGCUGGCUAUGAUGGUAGAGGGCGCGUCGGCGCCGUUCGGCUUCUGGGACCCCGCCGGCCUGUCGAAGCUCGGCACGCCGGCGACGCAGGCCUGGUUCAAGGCCGCCGAGCUGAAGCACUCGCGCGUCGCGAUGGCGGCGACGGUGGGCUGGAUCGUCAACGAGGCCGGUAUUGUGUUCGACGGCAACAUCGCCACGGGCGUGCCGUUCUCGUCGCUGGGCAAGGGCGUCCAGGCGUGGGAGAACGUGCCCGACGCGGGCAAGCUCCAGAUCAUCUUGGCGGCGGGCGCUAUUGAAUUUGCCUCGGAGGCGAAGCAGCCGCACUACAUGCGCGGCGGGCGGCCGGGCCAGACGGCCGGGCCCUUCGGCUUGAGAUUGUGGGACCCCCUGAACUACAACGGGGGCAUGGACGAAGAAACCAAACGCACGAAGCGCCAGAUGGAGGUGAACAACGGGCGGCUGGCGAUGAUCGGCGCGGCGUCCUUCGUCGCGGCGUCGUACAUCCCCGACUCCGUGCCCGCGCUGCCGUCGACGUGGUAGGUCGAACUAACAACAGUACUUAACUCAC